GGGACCCGCGCCGCGCGGCUGGGGAGGAAGCGCCAGACGCCUGGGGCCCACGCCGUCCGCGGGAAAAGGGCAAGGUGCUGGGUUUUCCAGCAGCAACCUUUGGACCCCGCGAUCCAGUAGCUCCGGUAACUCCACGCGGGGCGCCUGGGUGGAGGAGCCGGUCCUGGAGUACGGCUGCGAGGAGCACCCGGACCGGAGGGUCCCCAGACCGGGACCCCCGAGUCAGGGAGGAUUCUACGCCAGGGAGCGCCCCAGACUGAGAGCGACCCAGACCGCUACACUCCCGGACCCAGAGCUUCGCCCGACCGCUGGCGGUGCCCACCUGCAGCCUCCACUGGCCGGGGUUAGCAGCCAGGAGCUGCCAGACGCCUGACAUUCUUCUUUCUGUUCCUACUUUUUUUCUGUCUUCUUUUUUUUUUUUUUUUUCUUUUGUAGCCCUCUCUGGGUGCCUUAUCUCUUUAAUCACACCUCUCUUUCACUUUCCACGGUAGUCAGGAGGCGGGGAUCGCUGCUUCUCACCUACUUUCUGAACUUGGCCCCCGCAGUCGCGACCUGGCGUGAAGGAGGAGCUGCCGCCCCCGCCCCAGCCUCGGGGACGCCUCUCUGAAGAGAAGCCAUUUAAAGCAGAAUCCAAACCAUGAAUUGUAGAGAAUUACCCUUGACCCUUUGGGUGCUUAUAUUUGUAAGCACUGCAGAAUCUUGUACUUCACGUCCCCACAUUACUGUGGUUGAAGGGGAACCUUUCUAUCUGAAACAUUGCUCGUGUUCACUUGCACAUGAGAUUGAAACAACCACCAAAAGCUGGUACAAAAGCAGUGGAUCACAGGAACAUGUGGAGCUGAACCCAAGGAGUUCCUCGAGAAUUGCUUUGCAUGAUUGUGUUUUGGAGUUUUGGCCAGUUGAGUUGAAUGACACAGGAUCUUACUUUUUCCAAAUGGAAAAUUAUACUCAGAAAUGGAAAUUAAAUGUCAUCAGAAGAAAUAAACAGAGCUGUUUCACUGAAAGACAAGUAACUAGUAAAAUUGUGGAAGUUAAAAAAUUUUUUCAGAUAACCUGUGAAAACAGUUACUAUCAAACACUGGUCAACAGCACAUCGUUGUAUAAGAACUGUAAAAAGCUACUACUGGAGAACAAUAAAAACCCAACGAUAAAGAAGAAUGCCGAGUUUGAAGAUCAGGGGUAUUACUCCUGCGUGCAUUUCCUUCAUCAUAAUGGAAAACUCUUUAACAUCACCAAAACCUUCAAUAUAACAAUAGUGGAAGAUCGCAGUAAUAUAGUUCCGGUUCUUCUUGGACCAAAGCUUAACCAUGUUGCAGUGGAAUUAGGAAAAAAUGUAAGGCUCAACUGCUCUGCUUUGCUGAAUGAAGAGGAUGUAAUUUAUUGGAUGUUCGGGGAAGAAAAUGGAUCGGAUCCUAAUAUACAUGAAGAGAAAGAAAUAAGAAUUAUGACUCCAGAAGGCAAAUGGCAUGCUUCAAAAGUAUUGAGAAUUGAAAAUAUUGGUGAAAGCAAUCUAAAUGUUUUAUAUAAUUGCACUGUGGCCAGCACGGGAGGCACAGACACCAAAAGCUUCAUCUUGGUGAGAAAAGACAUGGCUGAUAUCCCAGGCCACGUCUUCACAAGAGGAAUGAUCAUAGCUGUUUUGAUCUUGGUGGCAGUAGUGUGCCUAGUGACUGUGUGUGUCAUUUAUAGAGUUGACUUGGUUCUAUUUUAUAGACAUUUAACGAGAAGAGAUGAAACAUUAACAGAUGGAAAAACAUAUGAUGCUUUUGUGUCUUACCUAAAAGAAUGCCGACCUGAAAAUGGAGAGGAGCACACCUUUGCUGUGGAGAUUUUGCCCAGGGUGUUGGAGAAACAUUUUGGGUAUAAGUUAUGCAUAUUUGAAAGGGACGUAGUGCCUGGAGGAGCUGUUGUUGAUGAAAUCCACUCACUGAUAGAGAAAAGCCGAAGACUAAUCAUUGUCCUAAGUAAAAGUUAUAUGUCUAAUGAGGUCAGGUAUGAACUUGAAAGUGGACUCCAUGAAGCAUUGGUGGAAAGAAAAAUUAAAAUAAUCUUAAUUGAAUUUACACCUGUUACUGACUUCACAUUCUUGCCCCAAUCACUAAAACUUUUGAAAUCUCACAGAGUUCUGAAGUGGAAGGCCGAUAAAUCUCUUUCUUAUAACUCAAGGUUCUGGAAGAACCUUCUUUACUUAAUGCCUGCAAAAACAGUCAAGCCAGGUAGAGACGAAUCGGAAGUCUUGCCUGUUCUUUCAGAGUCUUAAUCUUCAGAAACAGUGAAUGCCAAAAAGAACUCAAGAUAUUCUGGGGACUGGGCAUAUGAACCUGUUCAUAACAAAGACUGUGACUCGAAACAUUUAACUUUGUAAAACUCUUGCUCACAAUUUGAAGAUGAAACUUGUCAUUAGGUUGGCGGGAAUAAGACUAAAGAUUGCGCUGUGGGCUGUGGUCACGUGCUCCCAGAAGACCUGGAAUUCAAAAGAAAUGGAGCUAUUCUUUUUCUCCCUCUUUCAUAACUGGAUGCAGCUGCUCAUACUCAAUCCCAUAUUCAGCAAGUGUGAAGCCGGGCAUGAUGCAAAAUAACCGAUGCCCUACAAAAAGGGUGCAUCUUUAAGAGUUGUAAUGCCAGUGCUUAAUUUGAAUGAGGGGAUUUUAAGUGUCUGAAGAGGCAUUUUCUAGGGACCAGUGGGUGACUGAGUAACUGAAAUGCUGCUUUCACUCCCUAACACCAUGGAUCUGGUUGUGCAUAGGAUGUGGGAGGAGGGGCUGGCAGGGCCGCCUUCAGAGGCUGCAGGGCCUCAGCCUCAGGAUGCAUUUAAUGUAUCCUGGCCACAGUUGCAGCCAACGGUUCUUGAAAGAUCAGUAAGGCCCUGCAACGUAGAGCCUGCUUAUGUGGAUCUACUUAUGGGAACUUCUUAAAAGGACCCCAGAAUAGCUCUUUAUCUUUCACAAGAGACACAAAUUCUAAUUGAGUUAAUUAUCAGGGCCUUUCACUUUUGAUGAUCUGAAACAUUUGUUGAUUUUGUGUGAAUGUUUAUAUCAAAAUGUUUGCCAGGUUGUAUUAGCCAUUGAAUAGCAAAAAACUGAUAGUUACUGGCUUGUUUUUUAAAAAUUACAUAUUAAAAAUGCCCUUGGCAUAAGGCAGCAUGGUGUGGCAUUUAAGAGAUGGGCUGUGCAGCCCAUCCUGAGCUCCAGUCCUGAGUUUGCUACUUACUUCUGUGGCCUCUGGAACCUUAUCCAACCUCUUGGUGCUUCAGUUUCCUCGUCUGUGAAAUUAGAAUUUAUAAUAAUUGUACCUACCUCCCAGGGGUAACUAAAUGAAUAAAUAUAAUAAAGUACUUACGGUGGUUCCUGACACAGACUCAGCACUCCGUCAGUGUUGCCAUGACUAUUUUUAUUAUCAUUAUUAAUGAUUACUUAGAUCAAUUAUUUAGCAGUGGACUAAUGGAAGCUACAGAGCAGGGAAGGGAAGCAGAUCUAGGGAGGAAGGCAGUUUUGAUUUGAGGAGGUUUGCACAUGUAGAGAAGCAUAUUGGAGAAGCAUAUCCAGAGGGCAAAAGAUAUCUCUCCAUUGUACAUCUGCCUCUUUUGACGUUGGAAGACACAUGUCUUACUCCCUAAAGGGAGCCCAGCACUGGGAGACUUCUUGAUGAUCUCAAAAAUAAUAGCCAUUCAAGAAAAUCACCAAGUGACUGUGAAACCGUCAGUUCAGAAGGCUGGUUAGAACAUGUGGGAGCAACAUGAAUGUUCUACAAAAGUUUAAAGCAGAGAUUGUUUCAAAUGGAUGUAGUAGAUAUUACUGAAAACCAAAAAAGCGUGAGAUUGUCAGUGUAAGAAUGUGAUUUAAUGUUUGUAGUGCUUACAAUUUUGUGUACCAACUGGAUGACUAAAAAGAGUAAAAUAAUUUAAUUAAUAGCUCAUAUUUUAUGUGUGAAAACAUGUUAGUGAACAUAUAUAAUCAAAAUAGAUUUCAUUGCUAUUGCAUAGUCUCUAAUACAUAGAAUGAUUUUGCUUUUCUCUUUUAUUAUACUUGCUUUAAAAUACUUGAAUAUAUUUUGUAUUACAUGCAUUUCAAGUUAAAUGUCUUAAAUGUAUACAUUAGAUGUGUGUUUUAAAAUGCAUAAAAUACAUUGAAAUACAUUAA